UCAUAUCGAUGUUUCCACGCUGAUAACGAGUAGCACAAAGUUGACACCUUACCCCCGCCAUUUCCAUUUCUCGUCAAAGCUUCGAUUGCUCCCACUGUAAUUGAGGAAAAUUACUGUUAUUUCGUCCCUUGGUAAUGGAUCCGAUUCUUUCAACUGCGGUUCUUUCACUUGUUAUUGGAGCUGUGAUCGCUUUCGUUUUCUUCAGAAGCUACCUUCUCAAACAAAGAUCCGAAGUGCAGACCAUUGCUAAACCGGAUCUUCAUUCAGAUCCGAAAAAGCAUUCAAAGCCUCCUCAGCAUGUCUCUAGAAAGUCUCACUCUAAAUCUCACGCUCAUGCCUCUGACAAGGAUUCAAAUAAGCGUCAUCAUCCAUUGGACUUGAAUACUCUUAAAGGUCAUGCGGAUUCGGUCACAGGACUGUGUUUCUCCCCUGAUGCUCGUAACUUGGCAACAGCUUGCUCUGAUGGAGUGGUGAGGAUAUUUAAGCUGGAGGAUGCUUCAAGUAAAAGUUUCAAGUUUUUAAGAAUUAAUCUGCCUGCUGGAGGUCAUCCAAUAGCUGUUGCAUUUUCUGAUGAUGCAUCUUCCAUAGUUGUGGCUUCUCAGGCUAUGACUGGUUGUUCCUUGUAUAUGUAUGAAGAAGAAAAACCAAAAACGGCCAAUGGACCCAAGCAACAGACGAAGCUCCCUCCGCAAAUUAAGUGGGAACACCACAAAAUCCAUGAGAAACAAGCAAUCCUGACCCUAACUGGAUCUACUGCAACUUAUGGAACUGCAGAUGGGAGUACCAUUAUUGCCUCUUGUUCAGAAGGUACUGAUAUCACACUUUGGCAUGGAAGAACUGGGAAAGUUUUAGGGCAUGUCGACACUAAUCAGUUAAAAAAUAACAUGGCUACUAUAUCACCAAAUGGCCGUUUUCUUGCUGCUGCAGCCUUUACUGCAGAUGUCAAGGUGUGGGAGAUUGUGUACUCAAAGGAUGGUUCAGUCAAGGAGGUUUCAAAAGCUAUGCAACUUAAAGGGCACAAGAGUGCAGUAACUUGGUUAUGCUUUUCUCCAAACUCAGAGCAAAUUAUUACGGCAUCCAAGGACGGUUCAAUAAGAAUUUGGAACAUCAAUGUUCGAUACCAUCUUGAUGAGGAUCCAAAAACUCUGAAGGUGUUCCCAAUACCCCUUCAGGAUUCAAGUGGCUCUACUUUGCACUAUGAUCGUCUCAGUUUAUCACCUGAUGGAAAGAUACUGGCAACAACUCAUGGUUCAACAUUACAGUGGCUGUGCAUGGAAACAGGAAAGGUCUUGGAUACCGCUGAAAAGGCACAUGAUGGAGAUAUUACAUGGAUUUCGUGGUCACCUAAGACUAUACCUCUAGGAAAUGAACAAGUGGUGGUUCUGGCUACAGCAAGUGUUGACAAGAAAGUGAAAUUGUGGGCAGCACCAUCAGUAAUUUCUUCGUGAGCCAAUGCUUUUACGUUCAUUUUCAAGAAUUUCAAGGAGAAGACCAGGGAUACCUGUGGAUGCACUUUAGAUUAGAUCUGCUCAGCAAUCUUUUAACAUCAAUAGAGAAUACAUACGUAGCACUUCCGGAAUGGUAGAAUAGCUGUAUGGUAGGCAUAUCUGACUGGAGCCGAUACGGAAGAAUGUUCCAUAUAGUUGCUUGAAUGGACUUUUAUGUUACUGAACUUUUUUGCUUACAUGAAGGAUUUAAAAAAGAUGUAGUGGGCUGUUUGCGAUAACUCACACGAGUAGUAUGAAGGGAAUUGGCCCAUGUUUAUGGAUUAUAAUUAUUUGAGCAAUGAAAUGUUUUGCGAUUCAUGUCA